CAACCGAGGCUUGAUCUAAUUCAUUUCACUUGCCAUCAGCGGUGGGUGAUCACCCACAACUUCGACCAGGAAAUUAUUAACCCUACAGGCAGCACAGGAGACCUUUAUUUUGAAUAUCUCGCUGCUUGGAGGCAGUCAGCACAGCUUUUUAAUUUCAUUGAAGCUUUUUGGUCGACUCCUGCCACGCACGCACACAUCCCAGGGGACUCCGCGCUCCUAUCCAGUGACUCUUACACUGUGUGGUGCAUGCACGUCAAAGCUAUGCUCUUCCCAGAAAAGGGGUUUUAAGGAAACGCUGUUCACGAUAAAUGGGAGAAAUAAAUCUUGGCUUGCAGCUUGCUCAUGUGAUGAUGUUGAAAUAGUGACAGAACUGGAGAAAGAGUCUUGUGCUUUAGCAACUGACCCAAGUGCUUGCUUAGAGGGUUUCUUUUUCCUGCUGUAGGUAAAAGCAGAUUUUUAACUGAGAGCAUAGGUAAAACGUACCUCGUGACAUAAUUCCUUAAUUUUGGACUGUAGAGAGUAAUUUGGGUCAUUAGGUUCCCACCACAGGCAUUAGUGGAGAAUUUUAGGGGGAAAAAUGGAGAACGGAUUCCCUGGUGGUAAAUUGACGCCUUUUUGCCAGUGGUGGAAAUAUAAUGCAUAAAGUGCUGCAUAAUUUAAAAAAUCAGCUUCAUGGAGCCUAGACACAGCUUUUGACUGCUACAGAACGCUGUGAAAUUAUUGGCGGUGGUAAACACGGGUUCGAGAAACAUGACGGCUUUGGGGAUUAUAUUGAGACGUUUUUGAUGGUUUUGUGUGAUGUAACCAGGAUAAACAUAAGGAGUGGUUUUGCAAAGUGGACAGUAAUGGAGUAUAUGAGCACGGGUAGUGAUAGCAAAGAGGAAAUUGACUUGUUGCUAACUAAUUUAAAUAUGUCUGAGGUGAUAGACAUCAUGGAAAACCUUUAUCCAGGUGGAGACCUCGUAGCGUAUGAAGACAGCUUAAUUACGAUGUGUGAAGAAGCAAAUCAAAAUGAAGAACGUGCAGAAUCUUUACUGUUUUGUGAACGGGAGGUUUCUUUGAUGUCCUCUGUCAAGUAUGGGACUGUGGAAGACCUGCUUGCUUUUGCAAAUCAGGUGUCCAACACUGCAAAACAAUUUAAAGGAUGCAGACAGCAAGAAUCUGGAAUCCUCUUGAAUAUGAUCACCCCCAAGAAUGGCCGCUAUCAAAUCGACUCGGAUGUGCUCCUGUUCCCUUGGAAGCUGACUUACAGAAAUAUUGGCUCUGACUUUAUUCCUCGGGGAGCCUUUGGGAAGGUGUACUUAGCCCAAGACAGAGAAACCAAGAAACGAAUGGCAUGCAAACUGGUCCCAGUGGAACAGUUCAAACCAUCAGAUGUUGAAAUACAGGCAUGUUUCCGUCACGAAAACAUUGCUGAAUUAUACGGUGCUAUUCUGUGGGACGAGACGAUCCAUCUCUUCAUGGAAGCUGGAGAGGGAGGAUCUGUCAUGGAAAAGCUGGAGAGCUGUGGGCCUAUGAGGGAAUUUGAAAUCAUUUGGGUGACAAAGCAUAUCCUGAAAGGGCUUGACUUUCUUCACUCCAAAAGGAUUAUCCAUCACGAUAUCAAACCAAGCAACAUUGUCUUUAUGUCAACUAAGGCUGUUUUGGUGGAUUUUGGCUUAAGUGUUCAGAUGACUGAAGACAUUUACUAUCCCAAAGACCUUAGAGGAACAGAGAUUUACAUGAGUCCUGAAGUUAUCCUCUGCAGAGGCCACACGACAAAAGCAGACAUCUACAGCAUGGGGGCUACCAUUAUUCAUAUGCAAACUGGCAUCCCGCCCUGGGUGAGCAGAUACCCUCGCUCUGCAUAUCCAUCCUACCUCUACAUCAUACACAAGCAAGCUCCCCCCUUAGAGGACAUUGCUGAAGACUGCAGCACUUCCAUGAGGGAUUUGCUAGGAGCAGCUCUGGAAAGGAAUCCUAACCACAGACUGUCUGCAGCAGAGUUACUGAAACACGAAGCCUUACACCCACCCCCAGAAGAUCAGCCGCGGUGCCAGAGUCUGGACUCAGCAUUGUUUGAAAGGAAAAGACUACUUGGAAGGAAGGAGCUGCAGUUACCAGAAAACAUUACAGAUUCCUCAUUGUGUACUGGGAGCAUGGAGGAGUCAGACCUGCUAAAGAGGCAAAGAUCACUCUACAUAGACCUCGGAGCUCUAGCUGGUUACUUCAAUAUUGUCAGGGGACCACCAGCAUUAGAAUAUGACUGACACCAUAACAUUUUGUGUCGGCAGGUCAGAAAUGGACCUCUACCUCUUAGAACUUGAUCUUAAGACUUGACUUUCAAAUCUGUACAUAAAACUAUUGCCAUUGUAGGCUGUAAAAUGUGAAUAGUGUUUAAUUGCACAGAUGAUUAAGCUAAACCCUUUGGGGCUUUGAUAAGCUGAUGCCAAGCAAUGAUAUUCGUGCGUCUGCUGGUUGACCAACAAGAAGACAGCAAAAAGAACACUGCUGGGAGCGCCCCAUUCUUGGGAGAUCUUCCUGUGCUGGGUCUUGCACUUUCAUAAAGCUGAUAUUAUAUGCUUGCAACUAUUGCCAUCAAGAAAAAAAGAAAAAAAAAAGAAAAAAAAGAAAAAGAGCACGUGGGCCAUAAGAUCUGGUCUAUCUGAGCUGUCCUUAGUGAAAACUUUCCCAAAACAAAGUCCUUGUUCAAUCUUUGAGACCUGGCCAAUCUCUGGUCAUUCUUAAUGUAAAUCAGGACCUUCCUGAAGCUGAGCUAGUUUCUUUCAGCUGCUCUUUCGAGUCAGAGCAUCACUAGUUACUGAUAUGUUUCAGCUUUGCAUCUUCCCUGUACCCCCUGCUCUGCGGGUGGAGGGAAUCCAUCAGUGUAUCUGUUAGCUUUGGGAGUAGCUCAGCAAGCUGGUCCUGACAGUGCGCGGCAGUGACUCCACCUGCUUUCGAUGUUACAGAAGCUGCAAGGAUAUCUCAGCUAGUUUUCAGGGGUAGGGCAGAUGUUAUUUCCUACUGGUAACAGUGGACAAGCUCCAGACUCUUGCUUUUUAAUACUUCAGACUUGUACACAUGUAUAAUUGGCGUGAGCGCUAUGGUUUGGAAAGCGUGUCCUUAGUGACAAGCUGUGUUUAUGUUCCUAUGGAAAUGGAAUUAUAUUGUUCUCGCUGUGCCUCAUUCAUUUGAAACACGAUGUUUUGGAUGAUAGUAAAACUAUGUGAACUGCAUAGUUCUGUACAUCCCAUGGGAUGAGAACGUAAACUUUUAUAGAACUCUUUGAUGCUUAGGAUGACUCUCUUUUAAGCGUUUUGUGUUAAAAUGGCAUACUAUGUAUGUUGUACACUGAAUCUUUUCUGAAGCACAGUCUCUUUUUUCAUACAUCUAUUAUUUAAUGCUGCUCCUAUCUAACAUACAAUCUUAAACAGAUGAUUUCUAGUUUGAUACUGAUACGGUCAAAUGAAUAAAUCCAGCUCAGCGCCUUGA